AUGGAGGUCGAAUACGAGCAGCCUCCGGAGCACGCGGAGCAGCGGCACGAGGAGGAGUCGCACCACUCCGACGGCGAGGGUGCCGAGGGCGUUGAGCCCGCAGCCGGCGGCGAGGGUGAAGCGCCCAAGAAGAAGCGCGUGAUCAAGUCGCGCCAGUCUCUCGCCGAGAAGCAACCCGGAACGACCAUCUUCCCGAUGGCGCGCCUGAAGAAGAUUGUCAAGGCCGACAAGGACCUGGACAUGAUGACGACCGAGGCCGUGUUCCUCGUCGGCGUCGCGACAGAGUACUUCAUCAAGCACUUCAUGGAGGAGGGAUACACGAAGGCGCGUCUCGAGAAGCGGCGUAUAGUAAACUACCGCGACAUGGCCAACGUCGUUGCGCGCAGCGACGAGUUUGGCUUCCUCAGUGACGUCAUCCCUCAGCCGAUGAGCAUGUCCGAGGCGCUCGAGCUGAAGAAGAAGAAGAUGUCCGAGGCGCCCGGCUCCGGUGCCGAGUCGUCCGAGGAGGAGGAGGAAGACUCAGAGGAUGAGGACGGCGAGCCGAAGGAAAAAGGGCCAGUGAACAAGGGCCACGGUGAGCUUCCGCCCCUGACGUCGAGCACAAACCCGGCCUUUCCCAACGCGAUCAUGAAGAAGCCCUCGAACACGCAUGCCCGGCACGCGAUGCCGAAGCCGGGAGACGAGGAGAAGGAGAAGGACGCCGAGAAGGAGAAGGAAAAGGAGAGCCAGAGGGUGAAGCCGACCAGUCCCAAGGUGCCCCUCUCGGGGAAGAAUGCGCCGAGCACGCCGACGGGUCUCACGACGCGGAGCAGACGGAGCCUCGCUGCCGAAUCCGAGCCGGAGCCGAGGGAGGACGAGGAGGACGACGACGAGGUGGACGAGAAGAUGGCCGUGGACGAGUAG